CCGCCAUGUUCAAGCUCGCCCGCAGCAGGCAGGUUGCCUCUGCGCUCAAGGCCGUCAAGGAUGCGCCUGUCAUGCAACAGAGACGUAACCUCUCCAUCCACGAGUACCGCUCCGCUAAGCUCCUCGAGUCCUACGGCAUUGGUGUCCCCAAGGGUGAUGUCGCCCACUCGGCUGCCGAGGCCGAGCAGGUCGCCAAGAGCAUUUCUGGCGACGACAUGGUCAUCAAGGCCCAGGUUCUUGCCGGAGGUAGAGGCAAGGGUCACUUCGACAACGGUUUCAAGGGUGGUGUCAGAGUCGUCUACUCGCCCAAGGAGGCUUCGAUCCUCGCAAAUGAGAUGAUUGGACACAAGCUCAUCACAAAGCAGACUGGCGAGAAGGGCCGCAUCUGCAACUCCGUCUACCUUGUCGAGCGCAAGUUUGCCCGUCGCGAGUUCUACCUCGCCGUGCUCAUGGACAGAGCCAGCCAGGGCCCCGUCAUUGUCGCUUCAUCCCAGGGCGGUAUGGACAUUGAGGCUGUCGCCAAGGAGAACCCCGAAGCCAUCAUUACCACAAAGGUCGACAUCCACCAGGGCGUUACCGAUGACAUGGCCAAGACCAUCGCUACCCAGCUCGGUUUCUCCCCUCAGUGCAUCGACGACGCUGCCUCGACCAUCCAGAAGCUGUACAAGGUCUUCAUGGAGAAGGACGCUACCCAGAUUGAGAUCAACCCCCUGUCCGAGACUUCGGACCACCAGGUCCUCUGCAUGGACGCCAAGCUCAACUUUGACGACAACGCCGAGUUCAGACAGAAGCAGGUCUUCGAAUGGCGCGACACCACUCAAGAGGACGCCGACGAGGUCAAGGCUGCCGAAUCUGGCCUGAACUUCAUCAAGCUCGACGGCGACAUUGGCUGCCUCGUCAACGGUGCUGGUCUCGCCAUGGCCACCAUGGACAUUAUCAAGCUCAACGGAGGUCAACCCGCAAACUUCCUCGAUGUUGGUGGUGGUGCCACCCCUGCCGCCAUCAGAAGUGCCUUCGAGCUCAUUACUAGCGACCCCAAGGUUACUGCCAUCUUUGUCAACAUUUUCGGUGGUAUUGUGCGUUGCGACGCCAUUGCUACUGGUCUCAUCCAGGUCGUGCAGUCCAUGAACCUCAGAAUUCCCAUCAUCGCCCGUCUCCAGGGUACCAACGGAGAAGCUGCCCACAAGCUCAUCAACGAGAGUGGCUUGAAGAUUUUCAGCAUUGAUGACCUCCAGAACGCUGCCGAGAAGGCUGUCCAGUUCUCAAAGGUUGUCAAGAUGGCCCGUGACAUCGAUGUUGGUGUCGAGUUCUCUCUCGGUAUUUAAAGGGCAGAUAUUGUGGCUUUGUAGUGGGCGGAUUGUUCCCUUUGGGCGUUUAAUUUGCAGACAGUCAAUCA